GGGUGGAGCCGCCAGGCCGGGGGCGGCGCUGUAGCGGUGGAGCCAGACCGGGCGGGUGAGGGAAGAUGGCGGCCGUGUACCGGGCGGGGGCGGCGCUGUUCAGGGCCGGCCGGCCAGCUCUGCUGGGAGCUCACCGUGUACAGAGCACCCUCUCCUACGCUCAGACCAUCGAGAAUGUUCCAGAAACCAAGCUGACAACACUGGAAAAUGGGCUGCGUAUUGCCACAGAGGAGUCUGACCAGCCCACCUGCACGGUUGGUGUGUGGCUUGAGGUUGGGAGCCGUUACGAAACAGAGAACAAUAACGGUGUUGGAAACUUCCUGGAGCACAUGGUUCUGAAGGGAACCAAGCGCCACCCGCACCUGGCCCUGGAGCGGGAGAUUGCAAGCCGGGGGGCACACCUCAACGCCUACACCUCCCGUGAGCAGACUGCCUACUACAUGAAGACCCUGGCCAAGGACAUGCCUACAGCUGUGGAGCUCCUCAGUGAGCUGGUGCAGAACAGCUCGUUCUCGGAGGCUGACGUGGAGUCCGGCCGGCAGCUGGUGCUGCAAGAGAUGCAGGAGAUGGAGAGCAGCCUGGAGGACGUGUCGUUCGAUUACCUCCACGCCACCGCCUUCCAGGGAACCCCCCUCAGCUACACCGUGGUGGGACCCUCCAAGAACAUCAAGGAUCUGAAGCGCAGCGAUCUCCUGGAGUUUAUGACUGGUCACUUCAAGGGUCCCCGAAUCGUGCUGGCAGCCUCAGGAGGCGUCCGGCACGAAGAUGUGGUGGCUCUGGCUCGCCAGCAUUUGUCAGGGAUUCCCAGCACCUACGAGGACGAUGCGAUCCCUGUCCUGUCCCCCUGCCGCUUCACAGGCAGCCAGAUGCUGGUGCGGGACGAUGCCAUGCCGUUCGCACACAUUGCGAUUGCGGUAGAGGGGGUGGGAGCCAACAACCCUGACAUGAUCCCACUCUCCAUCGCCACCUCGCUGAUUGGAAGCUGGGACCGCACGUACGGGGGUGGUGCGAAUCACUCGAGUCGAUUGGCCCGUAUUGCGGUUGAGAAUAAGCUGGGUCACAGUUUCCGCUCGUUCAAUACCUGCUACUCAGACACGGGUCUGUGGGGAAUCCAUCUGGUGUGUGAUGGAAUGAACAUUGAGGACAUGCUGCACUUUGCCCAGGAUGAGUGGAUGCGUCUCUGCACGAGUGUGACCGACAGCGAGGUGAACAGGGCCAAGAACCUCCUCAAGACCCAUCUGGUGGCUCAGCUGGACGGGACCACACCAACGUGUGCGGAGAUCGGGCAACAAGUGCUCAGUCACGGCCGACAUGUCUCGCUGGCAGAGUGGAACUCCAGGAUCGAUGCUGUUGAUGCGCAGGUCCUGCGGGAGGUGUGCACCCGCUACAUCUACGACCAGUGUCCCGCUAUCGGCGCCGUUGGCCCGAUCGAACAACUGCCGGACUACAACAGGAUCAGAAGCGCCAUGUACUGGCUGCGUCUGUGAGCAGGGCGGGGGCGAAGACCCCCUCUCAGUCUGUCUCAUUGUAACUGAACGGCGUGGAGCCCAGCUGUACAGAAUGAAUAAUUAAAAGAUAAAUUAAACCAGA